AUGAGGCAUCAAUAUGAAUUGAUGCAAAUGGAGAACAAUGAGAAGAUAGUUGAUUUCUUCAAUAGAAUCAUCACCCACACAAAUUCUAUGAAGAACUAUGGUAAGAAGAUUUCAAACCAAACAAUUGUAGAAAAGAUCCUGAGAACUCUUAAUCCCAAGUUCGACCACAUUGUCAUAGCCAUUGAAGAAUCUAAGAAACUUAAAGAAAUAGCAGUAGAAGAAUUUCAAGGUUCUCUUGAAGCACAUGAACAGAGACUCAUUGAAAGAGAAACAGAGAAGCCAGGGGAUCAUCAAGCAUUGCAGGCUCAUACAUCAAAGAGAGUAGGCAAUAAUUCCGAAGAGUGUGUAGCCACGCCAAGUAGCAUAGAUCACAGGGGGAAUCAAUCACACAAUGAUUAUCAAGCACAUAUGGCCAAAGAAGAGAAUGAAGCAGACUUUGAAGAACAACCCUUGAUGCUGAUGAUGAUUACCGAUUCAGAAUCUCAUAAUAAUGAAACUUGGUACAUAGAUUCUGGAUGCUCGAACCAUAUGACUGGACAUAGGGAUUGGCUUGUCAAUUUUGAUGCAAUGAAGAAGAGUAAUGUAAGGUUUGCAGACAAUAGAGUUAUGCAAGCUGAAGGAGCGGGAAUAUGGCUGUUAGAAGACUAG